CAUAUCUGCCCAUAAAAUCAGCGAGUCGCGAAACACAAAGCACGGGUGAUGUUCAAAAUGCCUAAGCGCUCAGACUCGGGUCCGCAGGAAAUCGAACUCUGGCUCGACGAGAGUAGCGAAGUUUCGACUUUGUCGCUGGUCAACCGUGACGGCAAGGCAGCGCUGCUUAACCCGGGGAGAGAGGAGGUGACCAUGUUCAACGGCGACGGCAGCGCGGGCUCGCCGUUCUGCAUCGGCGAGUCGGCGUCCAUAGGCUACAUGUCUGGACACAACAUUGGCAUUGGCUGCUUUGAGUCGGGCACCGUGCUGGCUCCCAAGCAGCUGCCGCCCGGCCAGCUCGCGUGCCUAGCUGCUGACGGCAAGGGCAGUGUAUACGCUUGCAUCCGAGCGCCCAAGGAAGACUCACCCGAGCGCAUCUUCAAGGUGGUGGUGGCGGGCAGCGGCGCCGGCAAGGUGCCCACGCACAUCGCCUCGCUGCGGCAACACGCGCGUGCCGCCUGCAUGGCCUUCCACCCUCCCUCCAACUCCCUCAUCAUCGGCACCGACAACCAUGGCCUCUUCAGCGUCGGCGUGUCCGGCAGCAAGGCGCAGGCGGUGCAGCUGGAGCUGGAGGAGGUAUCGGACGGCGAUGACCUGGAGAGCACCGGUGGCGGCGAUGACAGCGACAACGAGGGUGCCUGGGGCGAUGACGGCGGCUUCAGUGACGACGACGACGGCAGCGACGGCGGCGUAGAGCCGGAGUGGCCCGGCAUCCGCAUCUCGGGCGUCGCCGUGGACACGCAUGGCUGCCUCAUCGUGGCGGAUGCCUAUGAGCGGGGUCGCGGCUGGGGCCCGGUGGGAUCGCGCGCGCUGAUCGGGCGCGUCAGCCGCUUCCAGCUGGCGGGCGCGCAGGCCGGGGCGUGCGUGCUGCGCGGCCGUGAGACGCUGCUGAAGGGCAUGGGCAGCGUGCUGCAGCACCUGCACGUGCUGGCCUGCGGCUUCCUGGCGGCCCUGGCCUUUGACAAGCUGCAGCAGUUCAAGCCGGAGGGCGUCGCGCCCUGGUUCUGGCGUCUGCCGCCGCCGCCGCGCGAUGCUGAGGGGGCUGGCACCAGCGCUGCCGCAGGCGCGAAGCGUGCGGGCGGCGGCCAUGUGGCGGAUGGCCAUGCGCGCAAGCUCGCUGGCAUGUUUCUCGGCGGCGGCAGCGCUGCUGACGUGGUGGAGUUGCAUGUGGGCAAGACCGCCGGCGGGCCCGCCAUGACCUUCUCCAUCCAUCGCGCGGUGCUGACCGGAGGCUGCAGCUGGCUGGCCUCUGGCCUGGCCAAGAGCACCGGCGCGCUCAAGGCGACCAGCGAGCAGCAGAAGGCGCUGGACGGCAUGCUGCCGCAGGUGUUCGCUGUGGUGCUGGCCUACGUGUACUCGGGCGGCGUGGACUUUGAGGGCGUGGCAGCGGACCACCCGGCGGCGGCCCUGGCCACCGCCUCCGCUGCAGCUGGCGGCAAGGCGGCUGGGGGCAGCAAGGCGGCCGCCGGCAAGGGCGGCGCCGGCAAGAAGGGCGGCAAGGGCGGCGCUGGUGUCGGGGCCAGCAACAGCGGCGAUGGUGCGGUGGUGGCGGCCGGCAGCAGCGGCGCGCUCGAGCUGGCCAAGGCGGUGGCGGUGGCGGCCGAGCGGCUGCAGCUGCCGGGGCUGCGCGAGGCGGCGGAGGCCUACCUGACCUCACAGGUCAGCCCCGACACCCUGGGGCCCCUGCUAACGUGGGCCACAGCGGCACCGGGCCAGCAGCUGGGCGGUGGGCUGCAGGAGCUGGUGUCGCGGCUGAAGGCCUGGGCGGUGGAGCACGAGGGCGACAUGAGCGAGGCGCAGCUGCAGGCGCUGCCGGCGGCGCUGGUGAAGGAGCUGUAUGUGGGCAGCGUCAAGCGCCGCCGCACGGGCAAGUGAGAGAGAGGAUUACAAGGACCCUGCUGGGGGCCAAAUGCAGCAGCCCCAGGCUACAGGUCAAGUGGGGAGUAUGAGAACGCGGACAAGCACGGAGGCAAGGGCAAUGAAGCGAGUGAGCCAUGCCAGUAGGGGAGCGAAUAUUAUAUGGUGCGCUGGGAUGAAAGCGAUGUGAGGUCACACGGCUGGUGAGCAGGUUGCUUGUAUGUUGUAAAAGGUGUGAACAUGUAGGUGAAUGAUGUAACUGCGAGAUAUGAAUGCGACAUUGCAAGUAAGAAGGGACAGUCCGACCAAGCAAGGGUGCCCAGCACCCAGGUCAGGAGGGAAGUAGGAGGUCAGGAGGGAAGAUAUGCAGGUUGUGUUGUCGAGGUUAAGGUAAUUUGUGCACAUUACCAUCACUACCAUACUACCAAGUUGCGGGCUGGCUUAUUGCUGCACUUGCUGCGUUGCCCGAGAUUGAGGUUGAAGGGUGCGCCAGGCAGACAUGUGUAAUCGUACCGUAGUGCAGUACCGUUGCUAGCUGGGGCCGGGGUUGCUCUUAUUGUUCACCUCGUCAGUGCCAUUGAUGAGGGUUGGCGGUGAUGAUACGUGCUGCGCUGCUGUGUAGAGAUCAGGAAAGUCACGUUCCA